GCGGUUCACAGAUCAGUGCUUUACUAGAACAAGACACGUGACCAAAACAGGAAGUCACCAACACAACAGCAGGCUAAAAACAUUGAAGCACGAAAAUGGACACUCGGUUCACGAGAGGAAAGUCAAACAUCCUGGAACGGCCUCUAACCCGUCCCAAGACUGAAGUCAGUGUGAGUGCCUUUGCACUGCUCUUCUCUGAGAUGGUGCAGUACUGCCAGAGCCGCGUGUACUCUGUGUCCGAGCUGCAGCAACGCUUGGCAGACAUGGGUCAGAGCGUUGGCGCCAGUAUGCUGGACGUGCUGGUGCUGAGGGAGAAGAAUGGGAAGAGGGAGACCAAGGUGCUUAACAUACUGCUCUUCGUCAAGGUGUCAGUAUGGAAAGCCAUGUUCGGUAAGGAGGCAGACAAGCUGGAGCAGGCCAACGAUGAUGACAAGACCUACUACAUCAUAGAGAAGGAGCCACUGAUCAACGCUUACAUCUCUGUGCCCAAGGAGAACAGCACACUAAACUGUGCUGCAUUCACCGCUGGCAUCGUAGAGGCCAUUCUCACACACAGUGGCUUCCCUGCCAAGGUCACAGCCCACUGGCACAAGGGCACCACGCUCAUGAUCAAGUUUGAUGAAGCUGUGAUAGCCAGAGACAAGGCCCUGGAUGGCAGAUAGAUGAGAGAGUGUUGGUGUACACAUGAUAGAAUAAGAGAGUGAUGAAGUUGAUCAUCAUUAUCACUAUUAGGUCUCAAUAUGCUCUGGCAAGUUAACAAGCCAGUAAUGUGAGAUAUGGACUGAGUGAAUGAUUGGUCUGUAGGCAAGUCUGCAUAUGAGUAGUUGAGUUGUGAAUAUACAGUAUAUUGAGAAGUGAAACCGGAUGUCUAUAUCACCACAUGAGAGAGUAAAUAUGAAUGAAUGAUUAUAAUGUUUAUCCCAAUUCUGAGCUAUUGUAUUUAUUUGGUCCAAGAAGAGUCCAUAUGAGAUGACAUUUAUAAAGGUCUAUGUUUCUUGUGA